AUGAAUUCAGUGAGGUGCGAUGCGCAGACUAUGCAGAACACGCGGCGGCUCGUGGAGCAAGAAGCAGGCCAUGUGAAGAACAUGGACCUGGACAAGCUGGAUGCCUGCGGGGAGGCGACGCUUGGCUUGGGAGCGACCUUCGGUUGCACGCUGGCGAUUUGGAUCCUGUGCCUGCCCUUCUUCAACUUGGUGGGCAUGGGGUGGAUCCGGACCUGGGAGCGCGACACGGGCUUCAUCAGGAUGACGGACUUCAAGGGAGACAUCUUCCAAGAGUAUCCCCCGGACAAGGCGGGCAUUCCUGGCGGAGCCUUCCUGAAGAUGGACACCAACCACGACACCUCUGUCGACGAGGAUGAGUUCGCCAAGUUUUUGGCUGACAUGAAGCCACCCAUCACGAGGAAAGACCAGGCGAGUUACGCCAUGCGUGGAAUGGACGAGAACGGCGACGGCCUGUUAUCCAAUUCGGAGUGGAACAGCGCCCUCAUCCACGACAAGUUCUUCUGGCACACGACCACGGCAGCACCAACUCCGGCUCCAGCGCCACCCCCGGCCCCAGCUCCGCCCCAAGCUCCAGCCCCAGCCCCUCCGGUGAGCCCUGCUGUCAGCCCGGCGGCACCCCCGCCGAUGCCGGCACCCGCACCGCCCGCCCCGGCACCGCCAGCGGUGACGGCGAAGGACACGGUGCCUAUGAAAGAGCUUAUCCAGUAUAUGGGGGCUCGAGGCCAAGGCAGCGCAGCGGAGGCGCUCAAAGCCUUCGACCUGGACGGGGAUUCCUUCGCAGCCCACGGGGAGUUUCUCAAUGGGCUGUCUCAGCUGCCUCAGCCUGUGGGUGGUCCGGCGGCAGAGGGCGUCUUCAACAGCUUGGAUCGCAACAAGGACAAUGUUGUCGAAUCGGCCGAGUUCAAGGAUGCCUUUAAUGCCAAGCAAUACAUCCGCGAGGAGCAGAUUCAGGAGCCCCAGCCGCAGCAGAACCCCCGGCAGGCGCAGGCCUUGCAGGACCUGGGGCUGAGCGAGCCGCCCCUUACCUUGGCCAAGUUCGCCCACGGCAUGGGUGCCGUGGCCCCGGAGACUGCCUUCAAGGCCCUGGAUGCCGACAAGAAUGGCGAGAUCUCGAAGACGGAGCUCGUGAGGUUUGCCAAGGCAUUUGUGCCGCCACUCACCGCGCAGCAGGCUGAAUAUGCUCAGCGGGGCCUGGACGUGAACGGCGAUGGCCGGGAGCAGGCGGGUGACCGGGUGGGUUGCUCCAUGUCGGAAGGCGGCCCCGACAAGUAUAAGGCCGGGGUUGGCCUGGACUCGGAUCUUCUGGAGUCAGGCCUUCGGCCUGGAAGCGCCUGUGUGGCGCGCCUGGCGCGGCCCGCGGAGUCCGCGGAGUCCGCGGAGUCCGAUGGAUGGGAGUAUAUCUACGGCACCGUCACCUCGCUGCAGCCUCCUUGUAUCCAUGGCUGCGACGGGGCUGACUACACAGCAGACGCUUUGAGGUGGGUUGCUGCUGCUAGAGACGACGGCUGGCUGGAGCCAUAUGGGAAGGAGUGGCGGGAGCCCGGCAGAGCCAUUUUUCUGAGGCUGCUGCGGGACGAGUGGGUGACGGCCUUCGUGGGACUCACUGGGCCUGACAUGCCCUUCAGCUACCUGCCACUCGAGGGCGUGGAUGGCCUGCCCGGCGUUGAUGUGCUCAAAGAGGUGGGCAUGCUCUUCACGCCCCACGAGGAGUGCAGAGAAGAGUUUCAGCACCUGGAGCCGGGCCGCGGCGGGUUUUUGGCCGACCACCUCAGCCAGGCCUUCGUGCUGGGAAGCAAGUCCCAGCAGCGCCUGCGCUGGGUGAAGAAGUGCCGGAGCGAGCCACAGUAUCCCAUGCGGUGCGUCUUCGUGCAUCCCCGCGUGAAGUGUCGAGGUCUGGCGGAGUUUGUCAGGAGGUGCCACGUGAAGAGAGCGGAGUGUCCGCAGGAGAUCGCCGCGGAGGCGGUGGUGCUGCUGGGCCCCCCGGCGGCUGGCAAGAGCUCCAUCCAGCGCUUGGACGCGCAGCAGCUGCCGCAGGAGCUGCGGCACACGGUUGAGUCACUGAAGUAUCGGGAGGAGGUGAACAACGACAACCUCACCGACUGCAUGCCCGGCUUUGAGAAGGAGUUCCGGGUCGCCCUGCAGAUGCCCAAGGAGAGUCAAGCCGGCGGCGCUCACUGGCGCAAGAUGUUGAAGGUGGUGAAGCGGGACACCCGAUCCCUGGCUUGGGCUGCGCAGGCAUUGAAGGAUAAGUCGGAGGAGUACAAGAGUGCCAUUGCCUGGGCCAUUCAGUGGCUCACCUAUGCAAUGUUUCACCAUGGUCCGGUAAGAGAUUCCUUGGCCUGGGACAUCAUCAAGGUGAGCAUCGUAGAUGCGGCCGAGCUGCCUGUGUUCUACUCCUCGGUCAUGGCGGGCGCCGCCAUCGAUCGCACCAUGGAGGUCUUGGAGCUGGCACAUUCGGGUACGAACCCCGUUCGCCAUGCGCCACUGCGUGUGGUGGGCUUUUGGCCCUUUGCCAGUCAGGAAGCCCGGCACGCGCGGUCCCGGCACCGGCACCGCGCGGAGCGUGACAGACAGCGCCUCAUGGGUGGAAACAUUGAUUCCAACUUGGUGAACCUGCACUUUCAUGCGCAGCAGGCGGAAGAAAAUAUCACCAAGAUGUUAAAGUCGCUGAAGCUGGGGCAGAAGCCCACGGAUUGUGGCGACACCAACAUCAGCACCGAGGUGAAAGUGGAUCACUUCGUCGUGAUUGACAACGAUGCCCCACAGCCUCGCGUGUUGCUGCGGUUCAACGAGCAGUGUGCCCAAUGCCGAGAGCUCUGCGAGCAGCAGGAGAGAGAGGCUGCAAGGAAGCUGCUGGACAUCAUCCGGGAGGUGCCGGAGUGGGGCGAUGUUUGCCGUGCUGCCUUCCGCUGCGCUCAGUUCUUUCUCCCUGACUCCGAUGUGGACGCGCUGGCAUGCCGCGCGGGCGAGGGCUCAGAGCUGGAAGCGCCGGAGCAAGUUCUGCCGCUGCUGCAGCAUCUGGAUGAAGCGGUUUUCCAGAUCCUGAUGAAGGACUCGCCAGCCAUCAGCACCUGUGAUCUGCGCCCAGCUUUCUCCCACGUGGAAAACGCCGAGCUUCAGCGCAUGAGCCUGGAGCAGCUGCGGGCCCUGAAGGAGCAUUUCACGAACCUCCGCAUGAUGUGCGUGGUUCGCGCACUUCAAGACGAAGGCGAGGACUCCGAGGAGGCAAUGUCUCCAAGCUGA